UCUUACAGUUUAAAGCCACACUUAGCGGAAGAAACAGAUUGUGUGCUUCGUGUUUUGUGACCGUUGUUAAUAAGAAAACAAAAAAAAAACAAGAAGUGAAAAACGAACGACAACGAAGUAGAAGAAAAAGACGGCUACGAGACGGGUGUUUGGAAACAUGUUUUGGUUAUUCACCCAUUCAGAAUUCAUGGCUUGAAUAUUGUUUGGAGCUAGCUGUUCAAUUACAAAAUUGGAUUACAUUUUCAAAUGGCAGUAAAGAUACCAAUGUUGCAACCAGAUCUCAACCAACAACAAGUGAAAAUAAGUCUACAACAAGACUUGAAUUAUUGUCGAAAACGCAAACAGCCACAGCUGAGUGGAGCCGAGCAGAAACAACAACACCAUCACCACCACCAUCAACAGCAGAAGCAUCAGCCCAAACAGCAGCCAGAUUUUGAAACCGGCAUUUCAGGCAGCGGCGACUUUAGUGGUUGUGGUUUGAAAGACAAUUACCAUAAAUGUGGCCUUAAAAUAAACGAGAAAAUUCUGCAUAAUUACAACAAUUACGAAUUGAGAUAAAAACAGCAACUACAACAACAAAAAAUUAAAACGGACAGAAAAUAUUGAAAAUAGCAAAUGAUAAAAGGCGAAGAGUGUGAAAAACUUGCUACGAAUCAAAAGGAAAAAGUACAAAAUAUUUUUUACUUGGAAAGCGAAAAAAAAAGAAAAUUCGAUCAGACUGACUGACUGACAGAUCGACAGACAGAAAACCAGGCCCAUGAGUGUUAAAUUGAAAAUUUUCAAAGCCCAAAUUUUAAAGAGAAACUCAAGUUAAUCGAAAUAAAAAAAAAAACAGAAGAAAAACGAAAAACUGAAACAAUCAAACUGCUACACCACGGUGCUUAUCAUGGUGCAUUUGCUGAUGAUGUCUAGAGAGCCGUUAAGCCAAGAAACCGCCAAACCAAGCCAACAUCAAAAACAGCAACAACACCAACAACAUCAACUUCAAAAAUUGCAACCACAAACGGAAAAACACAAAGAGCCUUCUUGUUGUUGUAAAUGUGGAAAUCAAGCGAAUAGUAGAAGACGGAGAAGUCGUGCUGGUGUAGGUGGUGAUGCAUUGGGAGGAGUAGGCCCCAAUAGUUGGAGUAGCGGUGCUGCAUCAUCGUCAUCCCCACUCCCAACCACAUCCACUUCAUCAUGGUGUUAUCGUCAGGCUAGUGGCUUGCUCGGUGGCAUUUGUUGGUGGUUGGUGUUGGUGGUAUUUAUGCUGAUACUGUGUGGCAAUUCAGCGGUUUCACAGCAGCUACAACAACAACAACCAACUUCUUAUAAUCUCAACAACAAUGGCAAUCAAAACAAUAGUUCCACCGACAGCAGCAACAACAACAGUGCCAACAUAUCAUGGCAAAUUGCCACACCAAAUAAUGACAAUGCAGCAGUGGUGCAGCCACAGCCGCUGACUUUAGAAGGAGGCGAGGGAAAACAACAGCCACCACCCGAUGUUGUCUUGCCCUCAAGACAGGCAAGAUUUUUUAAAUUCACCACCACCACCACCACCGCCUCACCGGCAUUAAAUGGCAAGUCGCUUAACGUGACAACAAUUGCAAAUGGCGAAAGUGGUGGUAAAAAUCGCAGCACUACUUCAAAAUCUGUUACCGAGUCGUCGGAUCUUAAAGAUGACAGUAACAAAAACAACAACAACGAUGACGACGAAGAUUUGGAUACCAAUGACGAUGAUGAUGAUGAUUUAGACAAUUCAUCUGAAUUAUUAAAUGAAUCAGAAGAUGGCUACGAACACUCGAGUGUUUCACCCACAACCUAUCGUCCCACCCAUCCCUCUGUCAGUCCCCAACUUACUGCCGCUCAGGAGAGAGAACGUCGUCUAAUGGAUGUUUUGGCGGCUCGUCGCAAUGCUCUACAUCGACCAGGUUUUCGCAAUCGCAUUGGCACCACAGGACGUACAGCGACCGCUGUUGAGACCACCUCGAAAUCACCCACCGAUCCAAGGUCAAUAUGUAUACGAAAUUGUACGAAAAAUUUCACCCGACGAACGACGGCAAGUUGUAUGCGACAAUGUGCAAAUUUUUCACGUAAUGGACCCACCAUCAUUGGUGGUAUUGGUGGUGGCGCGGAAAGUGUGGUGAUGGUGAAGAAUUCAUCGAAAAAGGGCACAGGAACGGCACAAGCUGGUGAAAAGGAUACGAACGAAAUAUUAUUCACCGAUGAGUCUUCACAUGGCCUCUUGGUGAUAGCCAAGGAGCAGAAUGGCACAGCAAAUCACAUAACCGAUGAGGUCAAGGGUAUUGGGGCAGCAAGUAAGCUGAGGGGAAGACGUAAACCUGGAACUAUGGUGACGGUGGCCACAACAUCCAUAGAAGAUGACGAAAUACAACCGUAUUUGUAUUUUGGGCAAAAACUUCCGCCUCUGAAACCAAAUGCCCUGACCAUUACCUCGGUUAGUGAUGAACAUCCGAAGCUGCUGGAAGUAUCGGUGGCCGAGGAAUUACCCUCCUCAACGACACCUGUAACUGUGACCUCAACCCUAUCGGCUGUGGAAAGGAGUCGGGCAAGGUUUAAGUAUAAUCCUCGAGGAGGGGUAAGUUUCAAUAGGCGUUAUACCACCCUGCAUAGGGGUACCACACCUGAGGCCCCCACGGAGGUGAAAACCACCACAUUGAGAAUUGUUACAGAGAAACCGCUAAAGGUACAGCCAUUGAAACCGAAAGCGGAAAUUGUAACUGAAAUAUCGGUGGUGAAAAAGGUCGAACCCAUUUUGGAGUCCAUACCAAGGGAGGCAUUGAAGGAAAAAGAGGACAGCAUAGUGACAGCUACUCCUUUAAUUAUUACCGUUUUGAGUGAUGAGGAAAUGAUGACUCCGCCCAUUUCGGAUAUACCCAGUACAGAGUCGUCAACGAGCACAACAGCAGAGAGGGAGAUAGCCUCAACGACCAGCACAACAACAACAACAACAGCUCUUGAAACCACAAUAACCACAACAACUACCAUGGCACCGAUCACCACCACAACAACAAGUACCCCGGCUCCCAGGAGAUAUUCCGAAUUUAUUCCCAAAACUUCGGCCAAAGUUACACCAACAACAAUAACUCCAAUUCCAACAACAUCUACGACGACAACAACUACCACCACCAUUAUACCCACCUCAACAACUUCCACAACGAGUACUACAACAACAACCACACCUUUGCCAACCACUACCAGUACCCCAACCACCACAAGUACCUCCACAACAACAACAACAACUACAACCACAACAGAAACACCCACAACCACCCGAAAAUCCGAUAUCAUAGAAGAAAAUAACGAACUGCUGAGAGCUCUCGGUCCCAGUUUAGUCGAACAACACGAUGACGAUACGAACAUCAUUAUUUUCGUCAAUCGCACAUCGGGUGUGUACCGAGGCUCACUGAGCCCUAGCAGUACAACAAUGCGACCGUUCCCACAAGGAUUUACCACCGAUAGUGGAGUAACCAGAUCAAGCGCCGGUGUACCGAUAUCUGGACGAUCCACUGAAAAUCCUCCAACCAAAGAAAACCCGCCCAUUGUCAAUCAACCUGCCACAAGUACAACAACGAGACAACCUCAGGUAACUGGGGAAAUUUCCUCAAGUGUGGUGACUGAUGAUCAGGAAAUCUCCUUGGAAAUGCACCGCAUGAAUAUUGUGACCAUGGUCUUGGCUGGCAUUGGUAUUGUCCCGCUGCUGGCCAUAAUUCUGUACCUGCUACGUAACUAUCUCCUGAAGCCUCCCAUCAAAGACGAUGAAGAUUUCGAUGUGUGCAUUACCGAUCAACAGCCCAUAAGUCCGGUUAAAAAGCUUGAUGGAAAAUAUCAAGAGGAGGACGAAGAUGUGGUGGAUCAUCACAAGAAACCACCCCAGCGACAGCAUAGUUUACACAGCAAAUUGGUGGCACCCCCAUUGGCCCGUGAUGCAAAUCACAAUCAUGCCCAGCAGCGUUAUGAUGACAAAAGUUCGGUGACCAGCGAUCAGGAAUUUGAUCGCUCCAAUAUUCGUCUGAAAAGUCUUUUGGGAGAGGGUAAUUUCGGUCAGGUGUGGAAAGCCGAAGCCGAUGAUUUGAGUGGCCAUUUUGGUGCCACACGUAUUGUGGCUGUUAAAACCAUCAAGGCAUGCAGCACUCAGCUGAGUCUCAAGGAAGAGGGGAACAUUAUGCGCAAAUUGGGUUCUCAUCAGAAUGUUGUAACCCUGCUGGGAGCUUGUGUGGAAACAGAACCCCACAUGCUAAUCAUGGAGUAUGCCAUGCGUGGCCGUCUCUUAUCUUUGCUGAGGGCAGCCCGCAAUGCCACAAAUAUCCUACCAGCCUCUGUGCCAGGUGGCCGCAGUUUGGCCCCUUUGUCGCCACGUACCUUAGCCGGAUUUUGCUUGGACAUUGCACGUGGCAUGGAGUAUAUAGCCGAAAAGAGAAUUGUUCAUCGAGACCUGGCAGCCCGUAAUGUUCUGCUCGAUCAUAACGGCGUUUGCAAAAUCUGUGAUUUCGGCAUGUCCAUAGAUCUGGAUGCGGAACGUAAACGCAAAGAGCUGGAAAAGAAUUGUGCCAAUGAGAUAAUGCGCAGUAAUUUCAACAAAUUCAAAUUUGAUUUUGGUGGUAAAUUCAUUAUGAAUCAUUGGACGGCAGCGGGAGGAGGUGGUGGCGGCGGAGGUAGUCCACAUAAAGAUGGUGGUUGCAGUGAAAAGAAGGGUCAAGAUACAAUUGGUAAACGGCCGGCUUUGCCAAUACGUUGGAUGGCGCCCGAAUCGCUGCAAUACAAUUGCUUUAGCACCGAAACGGAUAUUUGGGCAUUUGGUAUUGUGCUGUGGGAAAUUGCAACAUUAGGUUCUACCCCAUAUUCACAUUUGACGGGACGUGAAGUUAUACGCCGCGUGCCACAGGGUUUAAGACCCGACUUACCCAAAGAGGGACGCCAUGAGUUCUAUAAUCUGAUGUCUCGUUGCUGGCACAAGGAUCCUCAGAUGCGCCCAAGUUUUACACAAUGCCGUUUGGAAAUCAAUCGUUCUCUGCACAAAUGGGUCGAUGAUGAUUCAGCUGCCUCGGAUUAUAUGGAUGUCAGCGGUUUCAGUGAGGAUCUGGAACAGGGCAUGGUCUAUUUCAAUCAUCGCAUAUCGGAGUUUGAAUGUGAAAUAUGACAGUAGGCAUAGAACGGCCUUAUACCUUUAUCCUCCGAGACCUUCCCAUUACUCUUCUAACCCAUCCAUUUUCACCACCCUAGCUUUUUUUUUGUCUCUUCAUCACCAAGUGCUCGUAGCAGUAUUAUUAUAAUUGUCUCCUUAUCUUCUAAAUAUCCAAAAAAAUUCGUAUUUUGCAAGUGCUAAGAUUGGUGCUUUCAUUGUCGAAGCGACAAUGGAAUACAUCUUCGGAAAUAUUUUGAAAAUAUUUCGAAUUUUAAUGAACACAUCAUAUUCGUUUGAUUUAUUUUUUUUGUAAAUAUUAGUGUAUUAUUAUUAUAAUUCUUUUAAUUUCUAAGUUAUUAAGUAGUUUAGUUUUCAAUUGUUUUUAUCGAAUCUGUACCCAUCCCCACUUCGUUUGUUCUUUCUUAGAUUUCUAGUCUGUAUUCGAAACCCGUACUCUAAUUGGUUUGAUAGGAUUUUUUUGUCUAAAAUAUCGAUCGAAAAUACAGGCGAAUGAGAGCAAAUUUUUGGAAUUAGAAACUGUUUCUGUGAGACGAUACAAUAUUGAAAGCAGUAAUUUCGGCCGAACUUUGAAUACCCUCCACCAUUUGGAACGAAUUAAAAAAAUUUCAAAAAAUAAAAUCCCUAAAAAAAUCUGUGAAAAUUAAAAAAAACGAAUAUAGCCUUUAUAUUGUGGUCUACACGACGUGGACCUACAUAGGCAUUGUUUGUCAUAAGCCAUUACCAUAUUCAAAUUCGAAACUUGAAAUAAACGGUGAAUUAGGUAGCUAAAAUCAUCAAAAUAUCGGGUAUAGGGAGGUACCGUUAUAUCGGAACUGUGCGAAGACCUGGACCAGUAUAUACAAUAUUCUGUCAUAGGCUGUAGCAUCCAUUACGAACUUUAAAUACCACAUCUCAAUCAAUUUCGGUGGGUAUUGUAACUAAACUCGUCAAAAUACCGAAUAUAGGGAGGUACUGGUCUGUCUGUCUGUUGCAAUCACACUAUCUUUCGGACGAAUUGAGAUAGAAGCCUAAAAUUUUGUACACAUGUUUAUUUUUCCAGUAGGCAGGCUAAGUUCGAAAAUGGGCCAUGUCGGUCCACGUUUUCCUAUAGCCCCCAUAUAACGGUACCUCCCUAUAUUCUGUAUUUUCAUGAUUUUAGCGACAUUAUUUACCGGAAUUAUUUAAAAUUUCAUAUUAAAAUUUUAUAAUGGGUACUACAGCCUAUGACAAAAAUUUUUUGUAUGCAGGUCCACGUCUUCGUAUAGCCCCUAUAUAAAGGUACCUCCCGAUAUUCUGUAUUUUCAUGAUUUUAGCGACAGUAUGUACCGGAAUUAUUUCAAAUUUCGUGUUUGAAGUUCGCUAUGGGUACUACAGCCUAAGACAGAAAAUUAUCUCUGCAAGUCCACGUCUUCGUAUAACCCCUACAUAAAGGUACCUCCCGAUAUUCGGUAUUUUCAUAAUUUUAGCGACAGUAUUUACAGGAAUUAUUUCAAUUUUCAUAUUCAAAGUUUGUAAUGGGUGCUACUGCCUACGACAAAAAUUGUUGUAUGCAGGCCCACGUCUUCGUAUAGCCCCCAUAAGAGAGUACCUCAAAUAUUCGGUAUAUUGACGAAAUUAGCGACAUUAUGCACCGAAAUUGUAACAAAUUUCAUAUUUAAAGUUCGCAAUGGGUACUAAAGCCUAUGACAAAAAAUUUUUGUAUGCAGGGCCACGUCUUCGUAUAGCCCCCAUAUGACGGUACCUCCCAAUACUGGGUAUUUUUAUGAUUUGUGCGACAUUAUUCACCGGAAUUGUAACAAAUUUCGUUUUUAAAGUUCGUAAUGGGUACUUCAGCCUAUGACAAAAAAAUUUCGUAAGCAGGUCCACGUCUUCGUAUGGUCUCCAUAUAACAGUUUUCAUUUAAGUGGUAGUUUCCGGAAGUUUUUUUUGAAAUUUUUCAAGUUCCUUCCAACUGGUGCAGGGUAUUAAAAGUUCGGCCCGGUCGAACUUAGCUGCUUUAUUACUUGUUUAUUUUGUAUUCACUUUCGUAUCGUCAUACAGAAAUAUACCUUCAAAAUUUGAAUAGGAUUUUUUAUUUCGAAAAAUGUGAAUACAAAUUUUGAGACAAAUCAGUUCGUUUUGAUUUGUAUUCUCUCAAAUUCCUCGUGAAACAUUACUAUCGAAAUAGAAAAAUCAACAUUCACAAAAUUUCAAGAGAUUGAUUUUCGUUCGCCUGGACUCUUGGCAAAUGUCUUUAUUUUUUGACCAUAGAAAGAUACCACAGGAAAUUCUCGAUUUGACAGGAAAUUCUCAGAUUUCUCCUCCGUUUGCAAUUGGCUUUAAUCAUUCCACAACCCGCCAAAAAUGUAUUUUCAUUCUGUGCACUUUCAUUUUGUAAAAAUAUAAUUUAAUUAUUCUUAUCUUAAUAUAAUAGUUAUUAUUAUUAUUUGUUUAUGUCGAGUUUAAGUUUUCUGUGCACAUUCCACUUGUAUUUAUCCCUAUAUCUAUUAGUUUGUAAAUAAUCUAUAAAAAUUAAAUUGUGAAUAUUGAAAAUUAUCUAUAUUUGUAUCUGUAUUGUAAAUACAUGUGAAAGUAUCUAUAUAUUACCGCAAAAUAAUAUAUAUGUGUCUAACAUCACACAUUUGUUCUUCCGUUAUAUGUAUUAGGUUUAUUAAACAAUUUGAAUUUUAUUUAUAAAUUUUUAAAUUGAUAUAUUUUGUUUUGUUCAAAUCAGACACAACAGCAACAACACAUGUUCGUAUACGUACUGAAAUAAAAUA